UAUUGAUAUAGGUUAUAAAGGUUAUUAUUUAGUACUCACUUGUGAUUAUUUACUGAGUAUACAUGAGUGAAUGAAAAUAUUUAAAAAUGUCAGAAGAAACAAUUAUGUCUAUUAAUGCUCAGACAAUUAAAAUUGAACCACCAGACUACUCAGUAGAUGACAUAAAAAGCGAGAUUGAAGAUGAAAAUAGUGUUCUUGAUGCUGUUGUCAAAACUGAAUCGUUUACCGAGGAUGAUGAAACGUGUUUAGAAAGAUUCAUGCAGUCCGAAGUGACCAUCGAGGAAGAAGUCAAACAGGAGGUAAUAGAGGCAUCUUCUUAUGAAUGUGAAAUUUGUUAUCAAUCUUUUGCAGAAUUUCAUCAUAUGGUCGAUCAUAUGCAUAGGCAUAGCAAAAAACGCCCUUUUAAAUGCGAAAUAUGCUAUAAGGGAUACUAUCAGAAAAUCCAUUUAACAACACACAUGCUUAUUCAUACAGAAGAACGCCCUUUUAAAUGCGAAAUAUGCAAUAAGGCAUUUUAUUGCAAAGGCAAUUUAACAACACACAUGCUUAUUCAUACAGAAGAACGCCCUUUUAAAUGCGAAAUAUGCAAUAAGGCAUUCCUUCGCAAAUGCCAUUUAACAAGACACUUGCUUAUUCAUUCAGGAGAACGCCCUUUUAAAUGUGAAAUAUGCAAUAAGGCAGUCUAUCGCAAAGGCAAUUUAACAACACACAUGCUUAUUCAUACAGAAGAACGCCAUUUUAAAUGCGAAAUAUGCAAUAAGGCAUUCCAUCGCAAAUGCCAUUUAACAAGACACUUGCUUAUUCAUUCAGGAGAACGCCCUUUUAAAUGUGACAUAUGCAAUAAGGCAUUCUAUCAAAACAGCAAUUUAAAACAACACAUUCUUAUCCAUGCAGAAGAACGCCUUCUUAAAUGUGAAAUAUGCAAUGAGACAUUUAAAAAAUCAGAUAGUCUGAAUAAACACAUGCUGCUUCACAAUGGAGAACGCUCCCAUUAAUGCAAUAUAUGCCAGAAGAGAUUCACACAAAUAAGCAAUUUGAAAAGACACAUGGUGAUGCACAGUGGAGCACGCCUUUGUGAAUGCAAUAUUUGUAAUAAGAAAU